AGUAGUUCUUUUUCAUUCUUUUUUACACGAAAAUCUGAGCAUGAAGAAACGUGAAACAAUAAACAUGCUUCCUUUGUAAUUACCAAAUUAUGAUAUUUUUUUGCUGAUAAUAUUUCUGUACCUUUGUCAUAUUUCUUGCAUUCACUGUUAACAAUUGAUCAAUUUUACAACAUGCAGUAAAUGUAGAACAACACACUUUUGGUGUGAAAAUUAAUAAAAUGAAUCAACAUAGAAGAUCAUAACUCUAUGCAUUGAAAUAUUUUAUAUAACUUUUUCACACGUAUAAGGUUUUAAAGACAUGCUUUAAUGGACCAAAGAAUUGUGAUGAAAAUGCAAAUAUAUUAAAUUUUACGUUUCAUGUUUUUAAUUUCUUUGUAAUACAAUAUAUUAGACAUAAGACAGUGAUGUCUGUCCCUUCUUCGUCGUCUAAUAAAAUAUCUAAUGGUAAACCAGGCGGUACAAGUCCUAGUCCUGUAGAGGGCAUUGAAGGUGUUCCAGGACCAAGUUCUUUGGAACCUAUGCAUUCUUUAUUACCACAAGAUGAAGAAUCGGAAGACUAUGGUGAUGAUGGUGAGGAAGAAGAGGAUGACAGUAGCGAAGAAGAAAGUGAAAUUAGUGACACUGGAAUAUUCUGUGAUGCAGAAUGCGAACCCAACCUCGAAAGUAAUAAUUGUUCGCUAUCUACGACUCGACCACAGUCUCUUACCCAACAAGUUCACAGUCCCAUUUUACAUGCUUGCGUACCCCUGGAUGUUGUUCAACCACAAAGGAAACGUACUAGUGAAACAGAAUCGAGUUUACCGUGUAAAAAGCUUAAUCCAGAAGAUAAAUCACAUUCAAUGAUCGUUAAAAAAUUGGAUGAGAAGAGUAAACACAUGAGAUGUGUUAUUCCAACAAAAGAUAAUCCUCCACCUGAAAUGAGUAAUUGGCUUCUUCAGUUUCAGAGGUGGUCAAAUGCUGAAAGAAUGUUAGCUAUAGAUGAAUUGAUUGAGCGAUGUGAACCAACUCAAGUGCGGCACAUGAUGCAAGUGAUCGAGCCUCAGUUUCAAAGAGAUUUCAUAUCAUUACUACCGAAAGAAUUGGCCUUAUCGGUGUUAGCUUUCUUAGAACCGCGGGACCUUUUACGUGCUGCGCAAACGUGUCGUAAUUGGCGAUUUCUCGCUGAUGAUAAUUUGUUAUGGAAAGAAAAAUGUAGAGCAGCUGGUAUAGAAGACUUGAAGGACUUGCCUCCAGCUAAACGUAAGAAUUGUAGAAAUUCUGGUAAUUCUUCUUCACCUUGGAAACAAGCGUACAUGAGACAACAUAAUAUAAAGAUGAAUUGGAGGACAAAGCCAAUCCGAACGCCAAAGGUCUUAAAGGGACAUGAUGAUCACGUGAUUACCUGUCUCCAGUUUUCUGGUAAUCGAAUAGUGAGCGGUUCCGAUGACAACACUCUUAAAGUGUGGUCCGCCGUUACGGGUAAGUGUCUAAGAACACUAGUCGGACAUACCGGCGGUGUAUGGUCCUCACAAAUGUCCGGCACUACAGUAAUCAGCGGUAGUACAGACCGUACUCUAAAAGUAUGGAAUGCUGAAACUGGUCAGUGCAUUCAUACUCUGUACGGGCAUACCUCAACGGUGAGGUGUAUGCAUCUACACGGUAACAAAGUAGUCAGCGGUAGUAGAGACGCUACGCUAAGGGUAUGGCAAGUGGAUACUGGCGAAUGUUUACACGUACUCGUGGGCCAUUUGGCAGCUGUUAGAUGUGUGCAAUAUGAUGGAAAAUUAGUGGUCAGUGGCGCCUAUGACUAUAUGGUCAAAGUUUGGAAUCCGGAACGUGAGGAGUGCCUUCAUACACUACAAGGACAUACAAAUCGUGUUUAUUCCCUCCAAUUUGAUGGUGUACAUGUUGUUAGCGGUUCUUUGGAUACAAGCAUAAGAGUAUGGGAAGUUGAAACUGGUGCAUGCAGACACACGUUAAUGGGACACCAGUCGCUUACUUCGGGAAUGGAAUUACGUAAUAAUAUUUUGGUAUCUGGAAACGCGGAUUCAACCGUUAAAGUAUGGGAUAUUGUUAGUGGUCACUGCCUUCAAACACUUUCUGGUCCAAAUAAGCAUCAGUCUGCUGUUACUUGUCUUCAGUUCAACAGUCAUUUUGUAAUUACUUCGUCCGAUGAUGGUACAGUGAAACUUUGGGACGUUAAAACUGGUGAUUUUAUAAGAAACUUGGUCGCUCUCGAGAGCGGCGGAAGUGGUGGUGUUGUGUGGAGGAUACGUGCAAGUGAUACAAAAUUGGUGUGUGCAGUGGGUAGCCGUAAUGGCACGGAGGAAACCAAACUUCUUGUUCUCGACUUUGACGUAGAGGUAAAAUAAUGCACCCGCGGUGCGAAACUGUCCUCUUCUAUGACUUCUGUACAUAAUCUAAUUAGGUAGCGUAAUCAAUCUACUGUACAAUGAUUCAUGUAUUACAUGGUGUGAUUGUGAUAAGAAUGUAUGUCGAAAACCAGAAGGGAGAUCGUAGAAAGUCGAACGAUGAAUCGGUAGUUGUAAAUGAUCUCCAAGAUGGUAGAACGUUUAAAUCGAAGGCAUUAAUUAUAUUAAUUACGGAGUGUAUUAUUCGUGGUGUACAAAUAUGAGAUUUCAAAGACUCAACAAAUUACGAAGAACGAGGAGCUUAACUAACAGUGUACCACUGUAUUAUUGCUGUUACAAAAUCUAAAUGAAGUCGCUAUAGUAAUUUUAAACGGAAUCAGCCCGUCAUAAACAUUAUGAUUAUAUAACGAUUUGUAUGGGCGUUUAGGAAAGUAUUUUUAAACUAUAAAAAACAAAAUUUCGUACUGUAUUUAUCAAACUUAUAGAUACAAAUGUCGCUUAAAGAAUCUCAAAUUAAAAAAGAUAAACAAAAGAUUCGAAUGAGGGAAGCGAAGAAAAGAGAAAUAAAGCAAAGAAUUGGAAUAAAUGAUAAAUUUAGGUAAAAUAGGAAAAAAAAAA